UACAGGGGAUGACCAGAGACUGCGGACAUAGUACAGGAGAUGACCAGAGACUGCGGACACAGUACAGGAGAUGACCAGAGACUGCGGACCAGUACAGGAGAUGACCAGAGACUGCGGACACAGUACAGGGAGAUGACCAGAGACUGCGGACACAGUACAGGAGAUGACCAGAGACUGCGGACACAGUACAGGAGAUGACCAGAGACUGCGGACACAGUACAGGAGAUGACCAGAGACUGCGGACACAGUACAGGAGAGAUGACCAGAGACUGCAGACAGGAGAUGACCAGAGACUGCGGACACAGUACAGG